CUUUUGUCCCGCACCAGCUUCUGUAGUCACUGCGAAAACAUGGCUUCACACACAAGCAAGGCAUUCCUGUCCUUAGGUCGAAUAAAUGUUCCUUGUUUUGGACUGCAGGGCUCUGUGAGCAGGGUCACAUACGCGACCGCUUUGACCAUAAAUUCUCCUCCUGGAAAUAAAGGCCUUCCUGAGAGAGGCGGCAGAGGAGCAUUUGGAAGAAAACCCAGGCGAGAUGCGGGUCAGCCCAGGACAGACAAGAUGCCAGUGAAUCAGGACUGGACUGCAGUUUAUCCAGCAGCAACCCCCUUCAGAGCGAACUCUGUCCCCCUACCUGUAAGGAUGGGCUACCCUGUGAGGGGAGGUGUUCCACCAGAGAAGAAGGGCAACCUGGAGCUGAUCAAGAUACCAAACUUUCUGCACUUGACACCAGCAGCCAUCAAGAAACACUGUGAAGCUCUGAAACCAUUCUGCACCGAGUGGCCGUCUGCCUUGGACACCGAUGCCAAAUGUGACCAGCACUUCCCUGUUAAAGUAGAAAGCACAGACUAUGUGUCUGCCGGCCUGUCUGUCAGAAACCCUUCCGCUCGUAUCGUUCAUCUCAGAAUAAAGCUGUCCAGUUUGAAUCUGGAUGACCACGCACGGAAGAAAAUGCUCAAACUCGUUGGGGAGAGAUACUGCAAAGAUACUGAUAUCCUCACCAUCAUAACUGACAGCUGCCCACUGAGACAGCAGAAUUAUGACUAUGCCAUGUACCUGCUAACUGUCCUUUACCACGAGUCCUGGAAAACGGAGGCUUGGGAGGCUGAGAAGACUGUGGCAGACAUGGAAGAGUACAGCUGGGAGGGCAGCCCAUCCCAAAAAAAUAUCUUGGACACACUAGUGCGCAUGAAGGUGGCAGGGGAGGAGGAAGGCGAGGAAGUACGAGAGCAGCUUCUCGGAAGAAGAGAGGUGCAGGAGUAUAAGGACUCUGUCACGAGGCUGAAGAACGAAGGAGAGAGCGAGAGCACCAUGCUCCAGUACAAAGAGGCUGUCAAGAAGGUUUUCAACCUGUAAUGUAUUUACACGAAGACAAUGACCAAGAGCAGCAAGGAUUAGACCUGUGAUUGGGUCAAAGGACAUUAAAACAUUUUCGAAUACUUGUAAAAAUACUUGUCACAUCUUCAACUAUAGUAUCAAUAACAUAUAGCUGAUUGUAGAUAAAUACUGUUCAGAUUCACAUCAGGAUAUAAAACCUCCAGAGUUCCAUCUAAUGUAUUUAUUUACCAAAGUUGAUUUACUGUCAUUGUUAUUUCAGGUGUAUGAUGAUGUCUUUAAUACAAAAAUAAAAACCUGAUGUGUGCUAUUGUGAA